CACACAGAAAAAAUUUUGCUAGCUACUGCGCGUGCUUUUCUUCUCUCCUUCCGGAUCCGGCGGAUCGAGAACCACCUUCAUGGCCUCCUCCACCGAAUCCAAUCAUGGUGUCGACGGAUCUACGCCUACAAACGGGACAUUAGCGGCUGCAGCCAAGAUCCCGCCGACCCUCUCCCCACAGCGUAAGGUGGCGCUGAUCACCGGAAUCACUGGACAAGACGGGUCCUACCUCACGGAGUUCCUCCUGGGCAAGGGUUAUGAAGUCCAUGGCCUCAUCCGCAGAUCCUCCAACUUCAACACCGCUCGCCUCGAUCAUCUCUAUGUCGACCCCCACAACUCACACAAAGCCCGCAUGAAGCUCCAUUAUGCCGAUCUCUCCGACGCUUCUUCUCUGCGCCGAUGGGUUGAUACCCUCCUCCCCGACGAGGUUUACAACCUCGCCGCUCAAUCCCACGUCGCCGUGUCAUUUGAGAUCCCCGAUUAUACCGCUGAUGUCGUCGCCACCGGCACCUUACGCCUUCUCGAAGCCGUCCGAUCAUCCUCCAAGAAGAGGAUGCGCUAUUACCAGGCCGGGUCCUCGGAGAUGUUCGGAUCCACGCCACCGCCUCAAUCCGAGACCUCCCCUUUCCACCCCCGAUCGCCCUACGCGGCCGCCAAGUGCGCUGCGCAUUGGUACACUGUCAACUACCGCGAGGCCUACGGCCUCUUCGCUUGCAACGGCAUACUCUUUAAUCACGAGAGCCCACGCCGUGGGGAGAAUUUCGUCACCAGAAAGAUCACUCGUGCUGUCGGCCGUAUCAAGGUCGGUUUGCAGACCAAGCUAUUCCUUGGAAACCUAUCUGCAGCCAGGGACUGGGGUUUCGCAGGCGAUUAUGUUGAGGCAAUGUGGAUGAUGUUGCAGCAGGACGAGCCUGGGGAUUAUGUGGUGGCAACUGAGGAUUCGCAUUCUGUGGAGGAGUUUCUCGAGGAGGCAUUCGGACAUGUGGAGUUGGAUUGGAGGGAUCAUGUGGUGAUCGAUAAAAGGUACUUCAGACCUGCAGAGGUUGAUAGCUUGAGAGGUGAUUCAACAAAGGCAAGGAGGGUGCUGGGCUGGAAACCUGAAGUUGGGUUCAAGGAGCUUGUGAAGAUGAUGGUGAAUAAUGACAUUGAGCUUGCCAAGAGGGAGAAAGUUCUCGUAGAUGCCGGAUAUAUGGACGCGCAGCAGCAACCUUAGUUGCUGAUCCCAUUGUCCUUGGUAAUGUCAUAGUUUUUUAAAAAAAAUCUCCUUUUCAAGUCUACCUUCCCUUCAUUCAUUUAGCUGGAGUAAGCUCUAGCUAUACUUGAAUUACGCUGAACUUUCUUUGUAAGCUUAAUGCCGUUGUUGGUUCAAAUUGUUCUUGUUGAGUAGCUAUGUUCUGUUGAAUUGAAUAUUUGAUAUA